GAUUUAUUUUUUUUCGUUUUUUGUUUUGUAAUCAUUAAUUUGUUGUUGUUGUUGUCUGGCAGUGAUGAAUAAAUCGUCAUCAAUAAUAUUAUGAUUAGAUAAAAAAAAAAAAAAAAAAUGUAAUUUAAUUAAUCAUGAUGUUAAUGAUUAUAUAAAAAAUAAAAAGACAAAAUUAUCAUGUUUAUUAUAACAUAUAAAAAAAUGAAACAAAUUGGAUUUUUUAUUGUUUUCAUUUUAAUUGUAUUUGGAUUUUAUGAAACAUUUGUCAACAUAAACAACAUACAAUUAUUUCAAUUUAACAAAAAAGUAUCAUCAUAUGAAAGAAUAAAAUACUCAAAUGAUAAUGAUGAUAAUGAUGACAAAUUAUUAAUUAAUAAAGACAUAAAUACUGAAGCUUAUGAUACAGAUAAAAUUGAUAUAAUUGAUGCUAAAAAACGUAUAAAAUUGCUGGAAGAUAAGUUACGUAAAAUUGAGGGUAAAAUAUCAUUACGUAUACCAAAAAAUUAUCCAACAGUAAAAUUUUUAAAUUAUAAAAAUCGUAAAAGAAUAUUAGUUACUGGUGGUGCUGGUUUUGUUGGUUCACAUCUUGUUGAUCGUUUGAUGUUAGAAGGACAUGAAGUUAUUGCUGCUGAUAAUUUUUUAACUGGUAGAAAAAGAAAUGUUGAGCAUUGGGUUGGACAUGAAAAUUUCGAACUGGUACAUCAUGAUAUUGUACGUCCAUUGUAUCUUGAGGUUGAUGAAAUUUAUCAUUUAGCAAGUCCAGCAAGUCCACCACAUUAUAUGUUAAAUCCUGUCAAGACACUCAAAACAAAUACCAUUGGUACAAUCAACAUGCUGGGUCUUGCUAAACGAGUUGGUGCUCGUGUAUUGAUUGCCAGCACGUCUGAAGUUUAUGGUGAUCCAACAGAGCAUCCACAAUCCGAGACAUACUGGGGCCAUGUAAAUCCAAUUGGUCCAAGAGCAUGUUAUGAUGAGGGUAAAAGAGUUGCUGAAACACUUAGCUAUGCUUAUAUGCAUCAAGAAGGAGUUGAAGUUAGAGUUGCUAGAAUAUUUAAUACAUUUGGACCAAGAAUGCAUAUGAAUGAUGGAAGAGUUGUAUCAAAUUUUAUACUACAAGCAUUACAAAAUGAUUCAAUAACAAUAUAUGGUAAUGGUAAUCAAACAAGAUCAUUUCAAUAUGUCUCAGAUUUAGUUGAUGGUCUUGUUUCAUUAAUGUCAUCAAAUUAUUCACAACCAAUUAAUAUUGGUAAUCCAGUUGAACAUACUAUUAAAGAAUUUGCAAUCAUGAUUAAAAAUUUAGUUGGUGGUGUUAGUAAAAUUGUUGAACUUGCUGCUGUUGAAGAUGAUCCACAACGACGUAAACCAAAUAUUGAUCGUGCUAAAAAAUAUUUAAAUUGGCAACCAAAAGUAUCAUUAAAUAAUGGACUUAAAAUAACAAUUAAUUAUUUUUCAAAAGAAUUAAAAAAAACUAAACAUUCACAAAAAGAUGCAUUGAGAGUACCAUAUAUUAAUGAUCAUGAUAUUGUUGAACAAUUGUAUUGAUUUUUUAUCAAGUGAAUAAUUUUAUCUAACAAGGAUGUGUUACCUGUGUUCGGCAUUGUGUGUUACCUAGCAAUA